ACUUGAGAUUUCUUCUAACAAAUGUACACUUUUGACAGCACGCUUUGUUGAUCAUUCCUACAUAAAGUAAGGUUUUCUGUUUAUUCUCUAGUUAUAUUGUAAUUCGCGGAUAAAAGCAAUGUCCAGUAAUCUACAUUGUGAAAUGAGCUUGUGUUCAAUAUUUGUACUGUUCGUUGGAUUGUUCGUUGCUUGGAGUAAUCUAACUGUAGCAAAUAACGUGGAAGGUAUGCUACAGCAAAAUGCAUGUCUCUGUCCAUGUAAGAAGUUCGAGCAGAAAGAGUACUACAUUCCAAUCAGUCGGGUUAGUGAUUGGUUCGGUGCAGUCGCUUUCUGCAAUAGUGUCGAAAUGGAGAUAGCUGAAGUGUUAAAUGCAGACGACGCAGAUGCAUUACAGCAAGUGAUUCGAGAAGAAGAUACCGACCAAGAUAUGGAGUUUUACUGGAUUGGGGCAAAUGACUUGGGCGAGCAGGGUGUCUAUCGUUGGGCACUAACUGAACGUGCGGUGACAUACAGCAACUGGACCGAUGGUGAGCCAAAUAAUGCCCGUGGAGAGGAUGGACUUCAACCGGCAGAAAGAUGUGCUGCCAUUGCAAAGGAUACGUUCGAGUGGAACGAUUUCCGUUGCACACAGAAAAAAAAGUUUAUUUGUCAGCAAUUUCGAGAACAAUGAAAUGAUCAUUAAAUAAAAGCUUAAAAAGUUUAUUGUGUUUAAA